GCUUGUUUUUUUCAGUGUAAACAUUAUUUGGGCAACUGAGUUGGGCCAGUGAGUUUAAAAAUUGAUCCUUACUGCACAUAUUUACAUGUGUAUUGGUUUCUAUACCAUCAGACAAGUCAAAUAAAGCGCUAAAUUAAUAUAUGGUUAUUGAAGUAAGCUAUCGUUGAAACGACCGAGACGAGGUGGCUAGUUAGCGUUAGCUUCGCGUCUGAUAAACGCGUGUUUAUCCUUUUUUGUUACCUCCAAUUUAGACUAUAUGUUGGCCUUUGAGCUCUCUUGAAUCUGUGACAUUGGAAUCGGAUCAUCAUGGCUGAUGAUUUUGACGUAGAGGCCAUGCUGGAGGCCCCAUACAGAAAGGAUGAGCUCAAGUCCUCUCAUGCAAAUGGACAUGAUGACCAGAACAAGAAGAAAAGGAGGAGUCGAAGCAGGAGCCGAAGCCCAGGCUCCAGGAAAAGAAGAAGCAGAAGCAAAGACAGAAAGAAGGGUAAGAAGAGGAGCAAGAGCCGAGAAAGAAAACGAAGCCGCAGCAGAGAGCGCCACCGCAGUGGCUCCCGGAGCAAGGAGCGUUCUGGCCGAUACAAAGCACGCCGGAGCCCCAUCCGGAAACGUUCCAAAAGUCGGAGCCCCUUCAGAAAAGAAAAGAGUCCUAUCAGACAACCAAUUGACAAUCUAACCCCAGAGGAGAGGGACGCCCGCACUGUUUUCUGUAUGCAGCUUGCUGCGAGGAUCAGAGCUCGAGACCUGGAAGAUUUCUUCUCAGCUGUCGGAAAAGUGAGAGAUGUGAGAAUGAUCUCGGACAGAAACUCCAGGAGAUCAAAGGGCAUUGCGUACAUCGAGUUUGUGGAGGCUUCUUCUGUACCACUGGCAAUUGGAUUGACUGGCCAGAGGCUUUUGGGAGUUCCCAUCAUUGUCCAGGCCUCUCAGGUUAUGGCAGAGAAGAACAGAGCUGCAGCUGCUGCCAAUAAUCUGCAGAAGGGCAGUUCAGGUCCAAUGAGGCUGUACGUGGGCUCACUGCACUUCAACAUUACUGAAGAAAUGCUUCGAGGGAUCUUUGAGCCUUUUGGGAAGAUUGAGGGAAUCCAGCUUAUGAUGGACAGUGAGACCGGACGAUCCAAAGGAUACGGCUUCAUAUCGUUUGCAGAUGCGGAAUGUGCAAAAAAGGCGCUGGAGCAACUGAAUGGCUUUGAGCUAGCCGGACGUCCGAUGAAGGUGGGGCAUGUUACAGAGCGCUCAGACUCGUCGACAGCCAGCUCGUUCCUGGACAAUGAUGAACUGGAGAGGACUGGCAUCGACCUCGGCACCACAGGACGCUUGCAGCUUAUGGCUCGACUAGCAGAAGGAACUGGUCUGAAGAUCCCUCCUGCUGCUCAGCAGGCCCUACAGAUGACCGGCUCCAUACCCUUCGGAAACAUCGCCGCUCCAGCAGCUGUUCCGACUCCAGCUCCAAGUCAAGCCCUGAACCUCCCAUCACAGCCGCUGGCCACUCACUGCCUUCAGCUGUCCAACCUCUUCAACCCACAAGCAGAAAACGAUCCCAGCUGGGCCAUCGAGAUCCAAGAUGAUGUUAUCGAGGAGUGCAACAAACAUGGAGGAAUUGUUCACAUUUAUGUUGAUAAGAACUCUGCUCAAGGUAAUGUGUACGUGAAGUGUCCCUCAAUACCAGCAGCGAUGGCAACUGUAAAUGCACUUCAUGGACGCUGGUUUGCCGGUAAAAUGAUAACAGCUGCCUACGUUCCUUUACCAACCUACCACAACCUUUUCCCCGAUUCAGUAACGGCAAAGCAGCUUCUAAUGCCGGCACGUCGAUAGUCUGAGACAUGCUUAUGAAAGUCAGUGUAAAUACAUUUGUUUGCAUUCAUGGAAAUGUCACUGAGACAGACACAUUGAAAUUAGUUGGCUGUGUGUAAUAAAAGUUGCCUCAAGUUCAUGUGUUCACCAUUGAAAAUUAGACAGUUUUCUUUUGAGUUGCUUUUCAGAUUUUGUGGGUUUGUGUUGUAAACUACCACUGAGAAGUAAUCUGCAGGUAUCUAUUGGUCCGUAUGUUUUUAAAUAUUACUGUCUUAUCUGCUUGUUUAAAUCAACAAUUUUAGAUUUAAAAUAAAUUGCAAAGAGUUACAGAAAUGUGUUGAGUUAAUAGGCCUUAAUGCCAAAACUAUAUCAAUGUCAACAAUAAUCCUUUGUAACUUUUUACAGCCAUAAUUUCAUUUUUUGUAUGAAGGCUCCCAAUAAACUUUGGCAAAUUUGACAA